UCCCACUAUCCAAACCCCUAAGCUUAAACGAGAUAAAAAUUGGGAUUACUGCUCUUCCAUCUUUGAUGCCAAAAGCGACAUGUUUAUAUAGUGAACGCAAUGUGCGCCUACAACGCAAAGGAAAGGUAUGAAUACGUUUCUUGUAUAUUUUCUAGUGUUUUAGUUUGAAUUAAAAUAUUCCAAUCAUGUGUUAUUGGUCAUAUUUCAUGCAUUUGUGUUAAACUAUUUAUCAGCUUUGAAUCUCUAUAUUCAUAGCUAUCAUUUAUGGAAGAAGGACCUUUGACUAGUAUUAUGGAGGAGCCUCAGGUAUGUUGGACUUUGAAACAAUGUAUUAUAUUUUCUGUAAUAAUGUGUGAUAAUUUAUCAAGGCAAUAUGUCAGUCGUCAUAUGUUUGUAAACCAUAUACAAGUAGAAUAUAUAUAUUAUAUAGAUAUCAUAUGUGGAAGAACCUUCGACUGGUGGAGAGAUCUUUGAGGAGCCUCAGCUUUCUACCUCGACAAACGUAAGUAUCUAUGUCAGUGAUCAUGUGUAUAUACUGCUUUUAAACUGCAGACAAAUAAAACUAAAGUUUUAAUUAGUGACAAUCAAACAAUAAUUGGCGCUGUUACCAGUAUAUUUUUUCUGUUUUAGUUUGACGAACAGUCUGAAGGCAUUCAAUGUGGCAAUUGUGAAUCCUUAUUGAAGAGGAAUAGACAGCUCCGUAUAAAUUGGCUGUCUGCAAAACACAAACUUGAAAUUUGCAGAUAUCAAAUGGGCUCACAAGUGGAAAGCAAAUUAAGAGAGUUACUUGCAUUUCUUUUUACCUUACAUAAUUAG